UCCACGUCAACGUGCCUGAAGAAGAAAGCGACCCAACCAGCCGACAUCCACAACGCAUCCAUUUGAUCCAUUACAUCCACCCACCCACUCUCGCUCCCUCACACAGCCCACUCGCAACGACCAGCGCAUUCACCGCAUCACACCACUACGCACAACGCUCAACCCUUUUCGCACCGUUCUCCGCUGCCUCGACCGCUGUCCAAGGCUACCAAACUUCAGCUAUCCUUCUUCCUACCUACCUACAUACGUCCCUUCCAGGUACCCAGCCAGCAGCAGAGUAUACUCCCGCGCUACCAUACUCCACCACACCCACACGGUGCUGUGCUCCAUCACAUCCUAGCGACAGUCCCUUCUUCAGUGUCCAGAUGGAUAGCCGUCUGCCACGCUGAUAGGCCCUUCGAUCCGUUGUACCCUUCCCCUCACUCUUCAUCCAGCACAUGAAGGCCGACAUCCAAUCGCACGUCCUGGUAGCCGCGCUUGUGCAAGGUUGAAGCGGUUGCAACUCGAGUCCCGCUUUGCCUUUGCCUUGACCUGCCUUGCAUUGCAUUCGUUCUCUCAUCUUGCUCUAUUGCUUGAUUGAUCGAUCGGCUGCCUGCCGCUUGCCCGCGUAGCUUACCACCGCCCACGGUUCCCGCCGCCGCCGCCGCUACUACCCACACCUUCCACCCCUACGCUAUACAGACUGCGCCGCUCGGUUGGUUUCCGUUACUAGGGGACCACUGCUGCCCGACGUUACGAUGCUGGGCUCAACGUCGGAGAGUCGUCGCCGCAGCAAAAAGGACAAGGACCCGGACAGAGAGCGCUCUAGUCCCAAGUCAAAAGACAAGGAUCGUGACAGAGAUCGCCACAAGAGCAGCAAGUCGUCUCGCUCCUCGGGCACUGCGCGCAAGACUCGCUCUUCCACCUCCAAGGACGACGACACCGAACGUGACCGUACCCGGGACGCCGCAUCACGAGAGCGCACAUCGUCGACCACUUCGGUCCCCAAGAAUCUGUCGGUCGUACCAGAGAUGGAUAGAAGAGGGUCGCUGGGGAUGGGUUCUGCGAACGGUUCCCGCUCCAGUCUUUCGUACCCCACCCUUUCGAAGACGCACGCCAAGGAGAAUAUAUAUUCACGCGCUGCCACAGCAGCAGAUCCGGUUGAGAGGAAGCGUUCGCCAUUCACACCAAAUGCGACUGACGCUGGCGACGACACCAACGAUAACGAGAAGGAGAAGACAUCCCCCCCGGCUCCUACACGAGCGCCGCCCAGUCCACCCCUCACCGCUACCAACGGCGCGGACUUGCGCAAGACGGCCAGUGCCAACAGCAUGAGACGGAACAACCCUGAGACUAUUCAGAAAGAGAUGGAGGCAGGCAGGCGGAGCGUCGAGAGUGGAACGAGGUUGACUCCAGAGCCUCGAGGACUAUCACGAUCCAGUGUAAGAGAUGGAGAGGUGGACGGCACAGACAUGACUUCGACCACCAGUAGUCAGCCCAGCACUAUACGCGCAAAGUCUCCAAAGGUUGCGCCCACCAAGACGAAGAGCGCCGGUACCUCGAGCGUGCGAACCUCGAGACGGUCGACACCUGUAAAAGUCAAGUCACGACAGGCGUCUGUAGUCACACAGUCGACUGGUUCUGACGCAACCUCCGUCCCGCCACAGUAUCAGCCCUCGCGCAAGGUAGUCGACACUUCGCCCACCAAUUCCGAAGUCUCGCCCGCAUCCAUCAUCGAUUCCUCUCCUCGAACUCCUACCCAGCACUCUGUCCUUCCAUCCGUGAUAUCGGCACAAAAGGUGCCCAGACCGCCCACAGUGGAAAUCGUAUCAGAUCCUCUGUCUCGUGCUCAGUCUACAGACUCGGCGUAUACCCAGCAAUCCUCUACUCCUCCGCCACCCCCACCUCCCCCUGCGCUUGGUCUUGUAGAUCCACCGAGGGUUGAUUAUCUCCUGCAAAAUGGAGGUCUAACACGGCCGGUGCCACGCACACUGUUGGCUGCCAUGGAGGGCACGCCCGUGACCGGUUACAGUCAGUACAUGUCACCACGAGUUUCAGGACCUCAAUCGCACGAUGCUCGCGCCUUCUUUAACCCUCUACAAAAGUUGCUCGAUGACUACAAUGCUGUGAUCGAUACCAAUGGCUCAUUGGCAGUUGCUACCGGUUACCGAUCCGUUGCACGCCGUCUACUUGAUCGACUAGAGGCCGUCUUCGCUCGCAACAUCUCUUCAGAAUACUGUGGAUGUCUCAUGUGUCUAGAUCAACCCAUUCACGAAGAUGCCGCGGGUGUAAACUGGGGUGAGAUUCUGGAACUGGUAUCGGGGCGAUGCGAUCUGCCCAACUGGCCACCCGUCGAUGAAGGUGCAAAAGGGCUGGGCAUAGGCUCUUCUCUGGAGGAUCCCUGCCAGCGCAUCGACGUCGACGUACCAGAACAAUACCGUGAGCACUAUGCCCAGCAGUCACGGAAAACCAAGGUUGCCGUUCAAUCUUGGCUAUCGAGCCAGCAAGAAGGCGUGCCCGAGGAUGCUGAUGACGAGACCCUCACGUUCGCUAUGCUUACCCGGCUCGAGCAACAUCAAAGACCGCUGUUCUAUGCAAUUCUGUAUGGUUUGGAAGAACUCCCUAAUCCUCGAACCAAGCCUGAGAACACAGCGACACCACCUUAUCUAGCCAAAGCAGGACUUGCCCUCCAGCGACUCUAUCGCCUUUACUCACCUCCCCGCAACCAGCUCGUUGUCAUGUACCUCAUCAGGAAUCCCGACAUGCACAACACUCUGGCCACUCUGUCUGCUGUAACGAAACACGAAUGGGAAAUUCUCGUCUCAGGCCGUUUCGACGGGUUCCUCUGGUCCGGCGCGGAGACAGCACUUGGUGAGAUCCCGCCCACUGACGGACCCCAACGGUUCGCCUCUCCUUUCAGCGCGCAAACCCCAUUCUCCCCCUUCAGCCCAGGCCCAUCUCCACGUCCAGGCUCGGCCCGUCCCGGCUCCACACGACCCGGUUCUACACGGCCACCAGGUGGCCCCGCGCCCGUGCAAAUUGACGAAGAUACCGAGGUGGCAGUUCUUGCUGAAGUGGAGCGUGAGAUCUACCUAGGCAUGGAAGCGAUGGAGGAUGCGUUCGAAGCGUUGCACCUAGCAGCCGAAAACGUGCGACGGCGGCUUCGUGAGCGCGGCGCAGCUCUCUCCAUGGUUGCGCAGGCCCGUGGGGGCGUUCACGCGGGCGGCAUCGAGGUCAGGACCGGUACACCGGCCUCGAUGCGUGGGGAUGCAGAUGAGGGACUCGAUGAUCUCAGGAGUGAGAUUGGGCCCGAUGACAGCGCGAGCAAUGUCAGUCACAAUCGCAAGAGGAGGGGUCAUCGGGCGAGGGAGCGACGUACGCCGGCGCCUGAAAGGGUCGAGGAGGUGGACGAGGGGCAGGCUGGCGCUGGGAGCAGCUUGGCAGAGAGGGUGAGAAGAAAGUACUAAACUCGUGUUAAAGGAGCUGUUGUGGUCAUGUUUCAUCCGGGUUAUUCUUUGAGUCAGUCGAUGCUGGGUUCUUUCUUCAGCGAUAUCAAAAGGCGAUUGGCCAAUGGACGAAUGAUGGAGCGAAUGAUUUGAUAUGAUAUGAUUGAUAAUGGCUAGCAAAUGGCUGCAUGGGAGGUCGCAUACCUGGGCUUUUUAUUACUUUUCCUUUGCUGCUUUCUUUUUUAUCUUCUUCACUUUUCGUUUCGUAGUCGUAUGCAGAUUCAUAUGGAUACCCCCUUCUUUCUGUUCGAUACCAACUUUCUUGCCAUUGGUUUGCCGAUUUCUCUAUGCUAUGUUACAUUGUAGGAAUGUGCCUGCUGAUUGGGUGUCACUGAAUGAGGAUGUGAGAGCGUGACAUGUGUAAUUCCCAGCGAUUAUAACACACGAUCAAUAGUACUUUUAGUUGAUCUUUGUCUCGGGUGCCCUCCAUUUCUUUUUUUCAUAACGAUGCUCGCUGGGCUAUGACAUAAGCAAAAUGCCCCAGGCGCGACGGGACUAUGAUGACGUUUGACGAGAGCUUGCUGUGGUCCACACUCGGCUCCUUCUUCAUGGUCAAGGGGCUACAAUCAUUGUCAAUUCCAAC